CUAUGUUACUUAUGUUAUUAAUAUAAGCCUAUAGAUUAAAUUAAUUGUUUUGCAACAAUCACAACUGAGUCUAGGCAGUGUGUGUGUUUUGACUUUUUCUUCAAUUUAUUAAGAUUUAUACAAUAAUUUAACAUCGUUAAGGAAUUUAAGCUUCAAAAUGGCCGUUCCAGCAGGUAAAACACCUAUUAGCUAUCUUCAGGAGUUGUCCACUAAGAGGGGAAUAACUCCACAGUAUGAUUUGAUUGCAAAUGAGGGAGCGGUCCAUGAACCAACCUUUCUAAUGAGAGUUACAGUUGGAGAUGUGUCGGCAACAGGCAAAGGUUCCAGUAAGAAGAAGGCGAAACAUGCGGCAGCCCAGACUGCACUGAAUCAAAUACUUGGUGUUUCAAAUGGGGAAGUUAAACAAGAAACCACAGAGCCAACAGAAUCGGGAGAAAACGGGUUGCCAGGGAAUCCUAUCGGGGAGCUGCAGGAGUUCACACAGAAGAAGUUGAUGAAGCCCCCGAUCUACGAGUUCACCAACGAACAGGGACCGCCACACGCCAAAGAAUUCAUCUGUAACGUUAAACUAGGCAAAUUUCACGAACGAGGUACUGGUCGAUCGAAGAAAACUGCUAAGAGGAACGCUGCCAGUAACAUGAUGCAGCACAUUAAAAGUCUGACAAACAACGCAGAGAAAGAGGCCAAACUGGAGGAAUCUGACGAAGAAGACGAAAUUCCUUUGUCAUUUGAACCGAAGGCCUCCUACACAGCAUUAAAACAAGGCAAGCAGAAGCUGAUGGUGACCUCCCCGCAGCAGGCGGUCGAGAUCAAAGCUUUCUACGACAAGAUUGUGAAGGCGAGUGGCAAGGUGCAGGGCCAGUCUCAGGCACCAGCCACCAACUUCUGUCAGAUGCUGCAGGAGAUCGCUGAGAUCCAGCGAUUCGAGGUGCACUACUACGAUAUCAAAGAACUCAGUGGUUCCGGUCAGCACCAGUGUUUGGUUCAACUCUCUACCAUGCCGAUCGCUGUCUGUCACGGGCAGGGCUCUACACUAGAUGACGCCCACGGCAAUGCGGCCCACAAUGCACUGCAGUACCUGAAAAUUAUGACGAAGUCAUAACCUUGUUGCCCAGGAAAUGCCAUAGCCUCACUCUAUUCAAGUAGCAUUGGGAGACAUUGAAAUGUAUUGGUCUUUUUUAUUACAAUUUUUUUCUUCUCACUUUUGAUGCUUUUUGGUUUUUUAGUUAAAGUACAUUAACAGUUCAGGUUAUUUGCAUACUUGUACAGUGAAUUCUGCCCAAACCAGCAUGUAUCCAGUAGCGCAGGUUUUAGUUGGAGUAGCGCAAAUUUUAGUCGGCUUACCAAAUUCGAGUGAACAUCCUGACAUAUGAGUUAAAAAUAUAAUCAUUACUCCAGACGGGUGACCUUCUUUUUUUGACAAAGCAAUCAAGCAUUUUUUGUUUGUUUAAUUAUUAAUUUUGUUUCAAUCAUUAUCAAUUGGUAAUCAAAACUGAGAAUCAAACUGCAAUAAAUAGGAGAUUUUAACAUAUUUUGGAAACAUUAAAUUCAAUAGUAAAGUAAGAAAAGAAUAAAGUUAUUAAAUUCUUAAAAGUAAACAAAAGUGGAAUUUACUGGGGGUUUAUUUUAUUUCACAGCACUGAUAGUGUUUAAUAUUUAAUAGACACUGUCAAUCUAUACAGUUUGAUUUUAACAGACACUGCAUGUAUGUCAACCGCUGGUUUUGACAGAGUCCACUUUAUUUGGUAAUGAAAUAACAAAAUCAAAAUUUUAUGCAUUCCAAAGACUUUUGUACCCUGUGUGUUUGUGUGUGUGUAUGGGUUUUUUAUGUUCGUUUAUGUAACGGGUCAUUGUUAAAUCAUUUCUGAUUCACUGUAAACUGAUAACGGCUAACACUCUUGAAUAAUUAUAAUUGUUUGUUUUUCCAUUCACUGGUUACUGCUUGCAUUGUAAAAGUGGUUAUGGGUGGAUCCAGAGGGGGAUGCAGCGGUCCUAUGAUCCCUCCCCCUACCUAUUUGAAGUGCCCUUCUUAAUGACAUUUUUGUUUUUUAAAUUGACUUGAAAAACCAUUAUGAUAGUGUUUUUAAAAAUAUGACGUGUCUAAAACUGAAAAAAGACUUACAUCACAACCAACAGGAAUGUAUUAACGGUGGCCUUGAAUGGCUUUACGUGUAUUUUCUCAACCGUUCUUUCUCAAACGUUCUUUAUCUGAACCCUAUAUACCAGUAUGUAUAAAAGACAAAUAUAUUCCGUGUCAUAGUUUGUAGUAUUACUUCUCUUUAGUGUUGUGAAGUAGUGAAUAUUGAUGAGUGUUGCCACGACAUGUGUUUUUGGUUUUUACAGUGUUGUGCAUUAGGCUUGUUGUAACACAUAAAUAUGAUUAACUGAUCAAUGUAAAGUAAUGUUUUAAUCAGUAGGUGUGAUUCGACUAUUUCUGGUUGCUGUAGCCACCAAAAUUCUACAAUAUUGUGUCCUAGUAUGUUGGCUUAUUAGUUUGUCAAUUACCCUCAAGAUUUUUUUUGUGGAUUUCUUUUGCUGCCAGAACAAAUUGCUUUAUUUGAUUACUGUAUUAUUUUUUUAAGGUCACACUGCAUGGUAUUAAAAAUAAAAUUUCUACAAAUCAAAACAAAAAUUAAUAAAUAUUUCUGUCCAGUAUGCAUCUGUGACACAGACCCUUUAGGCCAUUAUAAAUUAAAUGCUAGGCUUUCAUCCAGAUUAAAAUUGGGGGGGG